CCCGAGACAUGGACUUGAACGUCCGAGACUUUCGCGCCUGAAUCGAAAAUAUAGUAAAGUGCGAACCUAACCGAGUGCGAGAAUCGAAAAACGGACAUGAGAACACAGCGAUUCGAUUGAACCACUCGAACGAUUCGCGCGGCCGAACUCGGAACGAAUCGCGAGCGCGAGUUUCUCGGCGCGGCCGCUCGCGCGAGUGAGGGCGGCAGUAUCGUUUCAACCGUCGGUCUGUGCGGUCGCUUUUGCGGCGUAGUCUGUGAUUUUUAGUGUAGCUCCAGAUAAUCCAACUUAAUCUACGAUGGCGGACCAACUGACAGAGGAACAGAUUGCCGAAUUCAAAGAGGCGUUCUCACUGUUUGACAAGGAUGGUGAUGGCACCAUCACCACCAAGGAGUUGGGCACCGUGAUGCGCUCGCUGGGUCAGAACCCCACAGAGGCUGAGCUGCAAGAUAUGAUCAAUGAAGUUGACGCAGAUGGUAACGGCACGAUAGACUUCCCCGAGUUCCUGACGAUGAUGGCGCGCAAGAUGAAGGACACUGACAGCGAGGAGGAGAUCCGCGAGGCGUUCCGCGUCUUCGACAAGGACGGCAACGGGUUCAUCUCGGCCGCCGAGUUGCGCCACGUGAUGACCAACCUCGGUGAAAAGCUCACGGACGAGGAGGUCGACGAGAUGAUCCGCGAGGCUGACAUCGACGGCGACGGACAGGUCAAUUACGAGGAAUUCGUCACCAUGAUGACGUCGAAGUGAGCCGCC